AUGGAGAUUGAAUACUCGUAUCUAUUCGGAUUAAUGAUCUACAUCGCGCUGUUGUGUCUUAUGCUGUAUCCAUUUUAUCUACAGAUUGGAUUUAAACCCAUAUUUUACCUAAUGCUAUUUACACACUUUAUUUACGGGCUUGGUAUGUUAUUUUUAUGUCUCCUGGUCAUUGGAAGUUACAAUCAACUACGAACAACAGAAAUAGGACAGCGGUUAGAAAACAGCAUAAUAAGAAAUGAUAAUGUCAACUUUGAGGGCACAGAUGGCAUACAAUACAGAUAUUUAGGUGAAAGUGUUUCAUUCUAUUGUAAAACUCAAGUUGCCAUUUUAGAAGACGUGAGUGAUAUAGUUUGGACGCAUGACGGUUUGGAAAUAAACGCAUCCUUUGAUCGAAUAAAAUUCAAUGAUGAAAUUAUUGGGAAAUAUUCCAGUGUACUUAUCAAAAAUAUUCUUCAAGUUGAUUAUGGUGUGUAUUCUUGUCGUAUUCAACCACAUCGGACUAGAAAUACUUCAAAAAUAGUCAUAAACAACGCAUAUUACCAUUCAUACCAAACUAUCAGAACAUUUUACUUGAAACGUUUUCAGCCCAAAAUUGAAAGGUUGUUAGUACCCCCCGGAGGUAUUUUGCAGCUAGAUAUCAGAUACCAUACAAUACCAACAGACGAGAAAUCUUCCAUUCGAUAUACCAUCAACCAAAAACCUAUUAAUAUCAAAGAUGACAGAACGUUAUAUACUAAAUGUUCAUUCUUUGUAUACCAAUACUGGUUACUGUUUCAGUAUGGGUAUUUCCUAAAUCAGCUCGAGAAUAGCUCUAAAGGUAAUGAUCUUCAUGGCAUUAAAAUCAUUCAAGCCAAAACGAACUAUUGUGUGAACGAGGAAUUUUAUGGUACGUACAAAUUUUAUAUACAGAGUAAUAUAGUUGAGAAUUCAACUGGACGCACGAAACUUGUUGAUUUUGAGUAUCCAGUAACAUACGAAGUGGUACCUAGAAGACCAAAUCUAUUUGAUUCAGACUAUUUCAUGACUCCAAGUAUUGUAACAGUCACCAAUGAAACGUCCCAAUGCUGGUUAAAUGCAACAUUUAACUAUAUGGAAUAUUGUGAGGAUAUUUUAGAUAUGUUUAAAUCUGUUCCUGCUCUGUUUUUCACUUUGGAAAUCAUUUUAUUUAUUCCGAUGUUAUUCAUUGCUUACGAAUGCUUCCAAUGUUACAUUUAUUUUCUUAAUAUAUUCGUAAAGUGGUUCUAUGUCUACAUGAAACUGGAGACACCAUUUCAAAUUAUCAAACAAAGCCGAAAGACUAAAUUCCUUGCACAGACAAAUAUUGAUUAUGCGAUCAAAGAAAGGGAAUUAAUUCAGAUAUAUGUAUCGUUUGUCGAAAGUGAUAGAAAGGAGAUCAGGAAACUAAUAAAAAUUUUGGAAAACAUUUUACAAUGCGAGGAGUUAUCGGAAAUGAAUGUUACAAAUCAAAAAGGGCCAGCUUUUGAAACAUCAGACAAUCUUGAAGAUAAUGGUGAUUUGCAUGAUGACAAUUUCGACAACCCCACUGUGAAAAAACAUGUUUUUACAAGAGAUGAUGGUGGGCCAGGUCGUUCAGAUAUAGGCUCAGCUGAAAAAUAUAUAGAUAGAUGUAAUGUAUUUAUCAUAUACGCCAGUGAUGAUUAUAUAAAUACUUGUAUGGGUAUACAUUCUGUAGAAUUAUCAUUCAUUGUUGAACAUUCUUCAGGAAGUUCAGCGGGGUGUUUAUUAUUAUUAAAAAGCUGCUCUCAAGAUUUAAAUAAACUGAUCAGUAACCCGUAUGUGGAAUACUUAUGGCGUCCUGUAAUAUCAGAUGUUGCGAAGAAAAAUACAUUGAAAAGAUGGAUUAAAACGGUUGUGCAGUGCAAUGCUUUUAAAGUAUAA